AUGCCCUCUGCCGGGGGACUGGACGCCCCUGCAGAGAGUAACGCCACUACGGCGACCGGGGUUGAUGUACCCCCGGUAUUACAAGAUAUACGAAUUGGAUUACUAACCACCGCUAAACCGGAGGGGGACGCGGUGUCCCGGUCGGGUCUAGUGGUGAGUGGGGCCGUACUCCUGGCCAUCCACACCGUCAACGAUCGGAAAGACUUACUGCCAAACCAUCGCCUCGUUCUGUCUGAUCACUACAACACCGGCGGGAACGAACUCGGAAGUAUCCGGCUGCUCACGAACCAGUGGGCAGAGGGGGUGGUGGCGUUCUUUGGACCGGACCAAACAUGCUCAACAGAAGCUCGUAUCGCCACCGCGUGGAACCUACCCAUGAUCUCAUAUAUGUGCAAUGCGAAAGAGGUGAGCAACAAGGAUAAAUACGGCACUUUUGCCCGUACCUUCCCGACAUUCAAGCAGUACGCAAAGUCGGUCCUCACCCUACUCCAGCACUUCAACUGGCAUGUGGUAUCUAUCGUUGCCGGCAGCGAGCCCAAGUGCCAGACUGCCAGGUUGAGCCUGGAGGAAUUCCUGCCACUCAACGGUGUGGAGGUGAAACACAGUAUGGAGUUUAUCUCGCCGUACUUUGGGAGCCCGUACGAAGUCAUGAAAGAUGACAGCCUUUUAGAUAUCAUUGAGGCUUCGUAUAGAACUACGAGAAUCUAUUUAUUUAUAGGUGAGACGUACGAACUUCAAGCCUUCAUGGAGGACUUAGAGUGGAUGGGGCUCCUAGAAGACGGAAGAUACCUUGUCGUCAGUAUAUUUCAAGACACAUUCGAACCAGAACAGAAAGACAAAUUAUUCACAGGUCAUCCAAUUUACUCGACGGAGUUCAAGGAAAAACGCGUGAAGUACUUUCGGUCGGUUCUGAUGAUGUUCUACACCUCGGCAAUGAAUCCAAAGUACGAGACGUUUAAGGAGCAGGUGCUGUCCUAUCUAGAAGAGCCUCCAUUCUAUCUGAACUAUUCCAUGCUGGAAGGUAUGGGUCAUCUUCCCAUCAUCAAUGAGCACGCAGCAAACCUCUACGAUGCCGUCAUGUUGUACGCGCAAGCGCUUAACACUACACUCGCUGCUGGAGGAAACGAAGUAAGGAACGGAACGGCAGUGAUAAGUCACGUGCUUGGAAAGACUUACCAAAGUAUUACGGGUCUGGGGCGGACUAUCGACGCCAAUGGUGACGCAAACGCCAACGUUAGUGUGUUCACAAUACAGCGUGAAUUAAAUAGUACGUAUGGUCACAUUAUUGCUCCAGUCGCCAUCUUCCAAGAUUACAAUGAUACACCGAUCUAUGCUGCACACGCCAAGGCCAGAAUUAAUUGGGUUGCAGGCAGUCCUCCUGUGGCCGAGCCUAAGUGCGGAUUCGACGGCAGUAAAUGCCCUCCUCCAGAGAUCAACCACACUGCAAAGAUCGUAGGGGGAGCUUUCUCGGGUUUUGGGCUGAUCGUCUUUGUUAUUCUAGCAGUUGCAUAUCGGAAUUGGAGAUACGAGCAAGAGUUGGCCAGUCUCAUAUGGAAGAUUGACUUUGACGACAUCAGCUUACGUAAAAAUGACGCCUUUGGAAGUAGGUUUAGCUUGGUGACUACAGAUAGCCGUGGGUCGUUCUGUAAGAGCCAGCUCUAUACAAAGGUAGGAGUCUACAAGGGCUCUGUAGUCGCCAUCAAGACUAUUGACAAGAAGAGUGUGGAUAUCAACAGGAAUGUCAGGCUGGAACUCAAAAUUAUGCGAGAUUUGUGUCAUUCCAAUCUCUGCGCGUUUGUUGGAGCCUGUGCUGAUCCACCUAACAUUUGUAUCAUUACGGAAUACUGUUCACGUGGGAGCUUACAGGAUAUUUUAGAAAAUGACGAUAUCAAACUGGAUAACAUGUUCAUUGCUUCAUUGGUUUCAGAUAUUAUAAAGGGAAUGAGUCAUCUCCAUGGCAGCGUUAUUCAUUCCCAUGGUAACCUGAAAUCGUCUAACUGUGUGGUGGAUAGCCGAUGGGUGCUCAAGAUAUCCGACUUUGGUUUACACUACCUGAAAGCAGGCCACCAAAGCCCUGAUAUGGGCGAGCACGCAUUUUAUCGAAAUUUAUUGUGGAAGGCACCAGAGCUGUUACGAGAACCUACAUCACCGCCAGAAGGCACUCAAAAAGGAGACACCUAUUCAUUCGGAAUCAUUCUGUAUGAGCUGGUGCAAAGAAGCGGGCCGUUUGGCAACUGUUCACUCAACCCAAAAGAAAUAAUUGACAAGGUGACCUUCCCAUUGGAUCCAACGAUGCCGUUUCGUCCCAACGUGAUGGAGGUAGAGAAUUGUCACGAGUGCCUACUGACCACAAUGCAGGAAUGUUGGGUCGAGGUACCAGACCAGAGGCCAGACUUCAAAACCAUACGGGUGAAGCUCAAACCACUACACAGCGGCAUGAAGAGUGACAUCUUGGAUAAUAUGAUGGCAAUCAUGGAGAAAUAUGCAAACAAUCUUGAGGAGAUUGUAGAAGACAGAACCCACCAACUCAUUGAAGAGAAGAAGAAGACAGAUAACCUUCUCCAUAGGAUGCUACCAAAGCCCGUCGCUAACCAGCUCAAACGAGGUAUGCAAGUUGUGCCCGAGUCUUUCGAUUGUGUUACCAUUUUCUUCAGUGAUAUCGUUGGCUUCACAGACUUGUCCUCAAGGAGCUCACCGUUGCAGGUCGUCGACAUGCUGAACGACCUGUACACCCUCUUCGAUGCCAUUAUCAGUUACUAUGAUGUGUACAAAGUAGAGACGAUAGGCGACGCCUACAUGUUAGUCUCGGGCCUACCCUUACGGAACGGGUUCCGCCACGCGGGCGAGAUUGCCUCCACGGCCCUCCACCUACUCGCUUCAGUCAAGGAAUUUCAUAUUCGGCACAAGCCAGACGAGGUGCUAAAAUUACGGAUCGGCAUUCAUUCAGGGCCUGUGGUUGCAGCGGUGGUUGGUCUAGCAAUGCCCCGGUACUGCCUCUUCGGCGAUACGGUCAACACUGCCUCAAGGAUGGAAUCAAAUGGCCAGCCUUUGAAGAUUCACAGCAGUGCUCAGUGCCGGGAUAAUUUACUAAAACUGGAUGGCUAUGAGAUCGAGGAACGUGGCCUGGUUGCCAUGAAGGGCAAAGGGGAACUCCUGACCUACUGGGUGGUAGGCCAAGACCCCGCUUACAAAAGAACUGCUCCCCUGGAGGAAACUUUAGAUUCCUCGGAGGACUUUGGUAAUCUUUUGAAACAGAAGAGUCCAAGCCAAGGAACAAAAACAGCCGAGUUGUCCCCAUGUUUCCCACCGUCGACCCCAGAUGGGCUCAGCCUGAACGGCAUGUCACGAAACAGCCGUCAGAUUUCCUACACCGGAUCAGACACGUACGGCUCAACGGACCGCGUGCUGAAUGUUACGGACACUGAGUCCGAUAAAGACGGUAGCUUUUUACUGGACGUUUCGCAGCAGAGCAACCGGCGAUCGCCUUUAGCGGAACGCGUACAAAGAACGAACACCGAGACCUACGUGGUCGAUGGUCUGGACGAGGAAUCUGCCCCGAGUGAUCCAUUACUUCCCAACAUCGUCGAUAAUCCGAAGAUUGUGAACGAUACUGUGGUGGGAAGGCACGUCGGCUUCCAGAAGAAUUCGGUUAUCAGACCGGGGUUAGAGAGAGACUCUGAUGGGUUGGAGCUUGGGGAGAUCAACGGGGAGAGAGUCAAGAAAACAAGCGUUGCCGAUUCGGGAAUAGGCAGUCACGGUACCAACUCACGCGAUGAUGCGUUACAGCUUGAGGUCUACUUGUGAUUUUUGUUUUGUAAUUAUUAGAUGAAUAUAGACCUGCCGCCGAACUAAUGUUCAUACCUGUAAAAUUGGUGAGCAAAGAUGCUGUUGAAGGUUCGGUUAAUUUAAGAAUGACGCCAAGAGCGGGAAAUACCAAUACGAAUGAAGGGGCGCUUUGCAAAGUAGGAAUGUACCUUAAGCGGGGAUGAUCUUUGGGACUUACUGACCUAUAUACACUCAAUAGAGGUUGGAAACAAUUCAGACAGUGUUGGAUAAUCUUUAAGUAUGUGUGGGAAAUAACUAUAAUGUACCUCCGAAUUGCCAGCAACUAAAAUGGUGAGGUUUGAGUCAUAAAAUAUCAAUGGUCUUUAUACAUACUGUCCGUAUUAAUGACACUAUUGUAAUAACAUAGACUCGUAGUCGUACACUGCUCUGCCUCAUUAAAUUAAAGUUUGUAUGCCAAAACUUUCCACUUAGUAAGCGCUGGAAAUGCCUUAAGUUAUCAUCACUGUGAACAAUUUACAAAACAUUAGAAUAAUGUCUUUCACUUGGUGGACUCACUGUUUAAAUAUUAUGCAGUCCAUAAAGCUGAACAAGUUGUAGCCCCAGCCGAUUUUUUACCUUCUGCCCAGGUAGUAGUUAAAAAGCUCGACAGCUCUUUGUUACAGCUGAGAAGCCUUCCGAAUUCUGUAAAUAUUGACCGGGAUAGUAGAGUAUAACGCAAGACAAGUUCUCAAAAGAACAUGGGCCUAAUAUACACAGCAAGUAUAAUAAUGUACUUAGGGUCCCAUCAAAUUCCGUUUUGUUUUGCUCUGUCUGUCGCUUGUUGGUCAACUUUUAUUUAAUUUCUACACCCAUUCGAUGUGUCAUUUGACGUCCACUGCGCUAUUAUCUUUCAUUGAAGACAAGUGUACCGACGAUUAGUGAUGACAAAGUCCAAAGAUAGAAAGUUAUUAUUUCCCCCACAAUUACAGAACAGGAUGACGGACAGACGGACCGACAGAAAAACACAAUUUUGACUUGGAAAAAAAAUCCACCUGAAAAACGUUUUAAAAUGUAAAUUCAUUGUAUAAAAUAUAAACUUCUAAAAAAUUGUAUAAAUUUCAGAUAAUUUUCCACUUACACAUAAUUAUUAUGUGUUAAUAGAUAACAUUUCACAGGUUAGCGUCAUGGUGACAAAUUAUAAGACUUGCAUGACCAAAGGGAAGACCGACACAAUGUAGGCUUCAUCAACUCAGCUUGCUUUAUCGACGUCAUGUUCUUUACCUUCAUUAUUCGACAGAGGGCGCCCCAUAAAACAACCACUCUCUACCCCCACUAAGUUGUAUUAAUGUGUUUGUAUGCAGCAAAGUUUUCGAUAGUUGCAACGAUUUAAAAACAACGAUAGCCAAAAACCACGGGAUUCGUCAAUACGUUUUCGCAACCGAAAAUUGUUUCACUGUUUUUGAAGCCAUCAUAAUGGAUUGUUAAUGCCCUCUUAAAACGUUUCCAGUGAAUUUAGGUGAAUUUGAGAGGUAUGAAAACGACUGGCAUUGUUAGAAUAUUUUUGCAUGUAUAGCAUGCUUGAAACAUUUUGAUCCAACGACCACACUUUAAGCACGAGCUGACAUAAGGAUGACAAAUAACAUUAUGAGGUAUUGACACUAGACACAAGACAGACUUCACUCUUAAAGGAACACUUGCCUUGGAUCGUUCGAGUUGGUCUUUGACAAGCGUUUGUAACCGUUUGUUAUAAAAUGC